GUGAGGACGCAAAAGCUGACCCGUUGCAUAGACAGAUCCAGUUGUUUGACGUGGUCGAGUCAUUAAGUUCAGUUUGGUGAGGACGCCCAUUAGGAAUCCUCCUAUUUCACUUUAUUUUUCAAUUUUGUCCUGUAGAGAGGGAGGCGCAGAGAGAGAGAGAGAGAGAGAGAGAGAGAGCGAGAAGACAUGAUUAGAAUUGGAAGCCCAAGAUCUCUGCGAUUCCCGUUUCUGUUUUGCUUGAUCCAUCUGCAUUUAAUUACAGGCUUGGCAAGUGACCCAUCAAAUUCAGAAAAUGAAAAUAAAGCUGCGAGUCAUGGUACUUCGAGUGGCUCUGUAGGGAUCAAGGUAGCCAUUGUAUGCCUUGGUGUGGUUGCGGUUCUUGGUUUCUCUGUGCUCUUAUUCAAGAUAUGGCAAAGGAAGAAGCGAGAAGAGCAGCAUGCCCGUCUCCUUAAGCUGUUUGAAGAUGACGAUGAGCUAGAGGUUGAACUUGGUAUUCGGGAUUGAGAUCCUUUCUCAUUUGUGUAUUGCCUGUAUUUUAGAUGAGGUGCACCUCAUGGCUUUUGUCUAUCACAAUAUUGUUUUCACUGCCCUGUUAGUAUAGGUCAUUUCAAACUAUAUAAUUACAAUUUUUUCUGCUUUGAAUCUUUAUUGUAUAAUGGUUUGUAGAACUUAUAUUUUUUGUGCUUAUAGGUGAUCUAAUCCAAGGGAAUGUUGGUUUUCCCAAGAAAUAUUGAGUAUGUCUCUCACUUUGAUUGUCUUA